GAGCCUCCGGCUGACAGGCUGAAGCAUUUUUAAUCUCCCGGACCUGGUGGCCUCCAGCCUCUCAGGUAUCACAGGACCUCAGAGUCGGCGCUGUGCCCGGGGCGCACCGGGAGCAGGGACAAGGAUCCGGCGCCGGGGCGCAGAUACUGACACCAAGGAGAUCCGGGUGCCCCCCCCCACACGCCAUGUGGGUCCCCAGGAACCCAGCUCCCCCACCCCGGCCGCCCCGUUGCCCGGACCUCAAUCCUGUCUCUGCCGAGGUUCUGCGGACAUUCAGGGAUCAGCUUUGCCACUGAGCCCUCAGGCCUUUUCCAACCGCCAGCCCACGCCCCUAUCAGUCCCCUGCAGGCCCCAACCCCGCUUCCAUCGGUGCCCUCGGCCCCGCCGCAGCUAUGCUGCACACCGAGGGCCACGCUCUUCUUCGGGCCGUGGGGCAGGGUAAGCUGCGCCUGGCCCGUUUGCUUCUGGAAGGGGGAGCCUAUGUGAAUGAGGGCGAUGCUCAAGGGGAGACUGCGCUAAUGGCUGCCUGUCGGGCCCGCUACGACGACCCCCAGAACAAGGCGCGCAUGGUCCGCUACCUGCUGGAGCAGGGCGCAGACCCCAACAUCGCAGACCGCCUGGGGCGCACCGCACUCAUGCACGCUUGCGCCGGGGGUGGGGGCGCCGCCGUGGCCUCCCUGCUACUGGCCCACGGCGCAGACCCCUCCGUCCGAGAUCACGCGGGAGCGUCGGCCCUGGUCCACGCCCUGGACCGCGGGGACCGUGAGACCCUGGCCACGCUGCUGGAAGCCUGCAAGGCUAAGGGCACGGAGGUCAUCAUUAUCACCACCGACACCUCGCCUUCGGGUACCAAGAAGACCCGGCAGUAUCUCAACUCUCCACCGUCCCCGGGGUUGGAGGAGCCUGCCCCGGUCCCCCCUAGCCCGGGGGCCUGCACGUCGCCUUCGGAAAUCCAACUGCAGACUGCAGCGGGAGGGCGGGUGUUGUUAUCCCCUCGUGCCCAGGAGGAAGAGGAGAAGCGGGACGUCUUUGAAUUCCCUCUUCCAAAGACCCCCGAUGACCCCACCCCUUCUGAGCCUCUCCCCAAACCACCCCGUCACCCUCCCAAACCACUCAAAAGGCUCAACUCCGAGCCCUGGGGCCUAGUGGCUCCCCCCCAACCAGUCCCGCCGGCCGAGGGAAGGCCGGGGAUCGAACGCCUGACUGCCGAGUUCAACGGGCUGACGCUGACCGGGCGACCCCGUCUUUCUCGGCGUCACAGUACCGAGGGCCCCGAGGACCCGCCCCCGUGGGCGGAGAGAGUGUCGGGCGGGGGCCCCCUCUCGCGCCGAAACACCGUGCCCGAGGCUCAGGAGGCUGGUCUCCCUGCGGGGCUGAGGCAGAAGCUGAGCCGGAUGGAGCCGGUGGAGCUCGACACCCCCGGAAACCUUUGCCCCGAUUCGCCGGAGUCCAGCCGCCUGUCCCUGGAACGCCGCCGGUACAGCGCCUCGCCGCUGACCUUCCCCCUCGCCGGCUCGGCGCCCUCCCCGCGCCAGUCCCAGGAGAGCUUGCCGGGCGCCGUGUCUCCGCUGAGCGGCCGGAGGCGGAGUCCCGGGCUGCUGGAGCGGAGGGGCUCGGGGACGCUCCUGCUGGACCACAUCUCUCAGACGCGGCCCGGCUUCCUGCCGCCCCUCAACGUCAGCCCCCACCCUCCCAUCCCCGACAUUCGCCCCCAGCCCGGAGGUCGGGCGCCUUCGCUGCCUGCCCCGCCCCAGGCAGGGGCGCCUGGCUCACCCAGGACCAAGCGCAAGUUGGUGAGGCGCCACUCCAUGCAGACUGAGCAGAUCCGUCUGCUGGGGGGGUUCCAGAGUCUGGGCGGGCCUGGGGAGCCAGGGCGCUGAGAGGAGGGAGGAGUCGGGAAGGGUGGGUUUCAGGGCCUUGAUGAAAACGGCGGGGAAAGCAGCUCUGACACACAUCGUGGACACAGGGGCGUCUAGCAUGUGCUCUUGAGCACAGUGCACGCACACAUGGGUAAGCAUGUGUCCACAAGCACAGCACUCUUAUUUGAGGGGAGAGUAAAUUCUUAUUGCUGGGUAUACAGCGACGUGCAUUCACGCCCUGGUCACUUCACAUGCAUGUGGGAUUACUUGUGUACCCACAGCACGGUCUACCGAUAAACACAAAAACACACAGGGUCACUUGUGCUAGGGCUCCAAAUGAGCCCCAAACACAAUGCGUUUGUCCACAAGCAGUAGGGAGCCCCUGGUUGGGCGUAGUCCCUCCUCUCCUUGCCCUCCUGCUGACAACUUUCCCUCAAUAGCAAUCAGUCCCUGGCUUUCCACAACACAGGCCCCGUCAUCAUUUUGCCCACUUGCCCCUCUUUUUGAAGGUCCCACCGUCGUCUCCAGGUCUUGCUUCUCUCUCCAGGCCAGCCUCCUCAUUCACACGCUGCUUCCAGCCCCACUUUUCAGGAUACCUUCCUCUUCACUCUUCCUGGGGAUCUGCUGCAGCAGCCCUAUCCUCACUUCUGCUGCUGGCCUUCACCUCUCCCUUCCCCUCGCCACUUCCGGCUUUUUAUUCCCUCCCCCGCACGCCCAUUACAGCAGGUUAUCUCAUCUCCCCAGGAUAUGGGUCAUGGGCUCUAAGCUGCUCUUCUGUUCUGUCUGAGCUUGAACACUCCUACAGGUAGAAGUGGGGAGUGACCAAAAAGUACUCCUCUCUGCACUGGACAUAUCAAAUAAAUGUAUUCAGAAGUC